CUCAGGACCAGUUCGUUGCAUUUGGCGGGUGGUACGCCUUUGAUCGGUCAGCUGCAUUUUGAAAAUCGCCAUAAUGUUGACUCGCAGCCGUUUCGGGUCUACGCUAAUGAAAAUGCUGCCGUUGGUGUUAAGGAUAAUCUCGUCCAAAAAGUCAAAAGCACGGGUGUGUCAACGAGGUCACGCGCAGCCCUAGGUGAUAUUAAGAAUAAGGCUACUAGUAUCUUGCCAAAAGAAGCUGAGAAACAAAAAGGCUUGAAGGAUGAAAAAUGUUUGGAACCAAAAAAAGAAAAACAACUCGACAUGAGUAUCGAUGGUACAACUCCUGACGUCACGACUCAAAAACAAACUGAUCAACUCAAGGAGUUUCGAGCCAGCCGGAGACUCAUUCGUUCAGAAUGUUUAGCGUCUCAGUUGGCGGAGGAAUUUUUGGAGGUUGACCGAAACGACUACGGGGAUGCCGCUUCGGUUUACCCUUAUUCUGAACGAAUAUUUAAUUAUCUUCAAGAUAGAGAACUGUUAGUACAACCCCUAGUAGCUGACUACAUGGCCACAAAUUGUGAAAUCACUCCCAGAAUGCGUUACAUCUUAAUUAACUGGCUUGUCCAAGUACACUACAGUUAUAAACUGCAACCUGAGACCCUCUAUUUAUGUGUUGGUAUUUUGGACCGUUAUUUAUUGAAAAAUUCAAAAAGCCUGACAAAGGAUGGGUUUCAACUUAUAGGCGUGGCAUCAUUAUUCAUUGCUGCCAAGUUCGAAGAAAUGUAUCCACCCGAUAUAAGCGACUUUUCAUCAAUUACAAACAAUACCUAUUCUAAAAGUGACAUACGAAACACCGAACAAAUUAUAUUACAAUCGACUGAUUUCUAUUUGUCGAUUCCAACUCCAUUAGUAUUUUUGCGUCGCUUGUCAAAGGCUGUGGAUGCUGAUAGGACUAUGCACAACCUGGCUAAAUAUUUCUUGGAACUUACGAUACAAGAGUAUGAUCUUGCACAUCUUCCAGGGAACCUCCGCUCUGUGAUUGCGUUGUGUCUGUCUCGAGCGCUGUGUCUAGGCACUUCAGAACUUGAAAGGGCUUGGUGUGACAAACUGUCUUAUCUUAGCGGUUAUAAGUUGGAUGAUAUACGUGAUCAUCUGCAGAUUCUCGCACGGGCUGCUUAUCGUCAAAAUUCCCCUUCGAAAUAUAGAGCGAUAUUUAACAAGUAUCGUGUGGACGAUUUCUAUGGACGUGUAGCAUCUUUGCCUCAACUUCGCUCAUAUCUAAUGGAAACCCUAGCAGAUCUCAAAUUCGACAGUGAUGGAGAGGCAAAUCCAGUUUAGUGCUGUUGAGAUAAACUUCAUGCUAUUAAAAUUCAGUGAUGUCGUCAUUUAAUUGUCUAGCUGUCUCGGUCUAUUUAUUUUCCCGAUUAUUUAUUUUCUAUCUCCUAUCGAGAUCCUUGAUUAUCUCAUUGGAAUAAGUGUAUAUUUUACUAUGAUCGUCCUCGAUUUUAGUGUAUAAUCUUAUAAUACACACUUUUAUCAACCCAUAUCUGCCAUUUAUCAUUUUGUAUAACCGGUAAUAAUUAUUUUCACACUAACGUCAAGUAAAUUAACUUUUAAACUUGCUGUUUCUACGUUAAAAAGGAACACUAGAUAUUCCGAG